AACUCAAACCCAAAUCUUUGAACCACCAGUGAUUCAUCUGAAACCAAUGCCGGAGAAUUCUUCAUCAGUAGACUACGCCAUGGAGAAGGCGUCGGGUCCCCACUUCUCAGGCCUCCGCUUCGACAGCCUUCUCUCUUCUUCUCCACCCAAUCCCUCCGUCUCUUCUCCGUCCCACCUCCCAUCUGCUGUUUCGUCCUCUUCUUCUCCUGCUCCCAAACAGCCCUUCGUUAUCGGAGUUUCUGGUGGUACGGCUUCCGGUAAGACAACAGUGUGCGACAUGAUAAUCCAGAAACUUCAUGACCAGCGUGUUGUUCUAAUUAACCAGGAUUCGUUUUACCGUGGUUUGACAACCGAAGAGCUGGAGCGUGUGCAAGAGUACAACUUUGAUCAUCCAGAUGCCUUUGACACCGAGCAGCUUUUGCAUUGUGCUGAGACUCUCAAGAGCGGCCAACCUUAUCAAGUUCCAAUCUACGACUUUAAGACCCAUCAGCGUAGAACUGAUGCUUUCCGCCAGGUGAAUGCUUCUGAUGUUAUAAUUUUGGAAGGGAUUCUAGUUUUCCAUGAUCCACGUGUUCGGAAUCUGAUGAACAUGAAGAUCUUCGUUGACACAGAUGCUGAUGUGAGGCUUGCUCGCAGACUCAGGCGUGACCUAGUUGAGAGGGGCAGGGAUGCCGACUCUGUGCUCGAGCAGUAUGCAAAGUUCGUGAAGCCGGCGUUUGAUGACUUUGUGCUUCCCUCUAAGAAAUAUGCUGACGUGAUCGUUCCUCGAGGAGGUGACAAUCACGUUGCUGUUGAUUUGAUUACCCAACACAUCCACACAAAACUCGGGCAGCAUGAUCUCUGCAAAAUCUACCCAAAUGUUUAUGUCAUCCAAUCUACAUUUCAGAUAAGAGGCAUGCAUACACUUAUCAGGGCGAAGGACAUAUCAAAGCAUGAUUUUGUGUUUUAUUCAGACCGUCUCAUUCGUCUGGUGGUGGAGCAUGGUCUUGGUCAUUUGCCCUUCACUGAGAAACAAGUAGUUACUCCAACAGGAGCUGUGUACACUGGAGUUGAUUUCUGCAAGAAACUUUGUGGGAUCUCUAUUAUUCGAAGUGGUGAAAGCAUGGAAAACGCAUUACGCGCUUGCUGCAAAGGGAUUAAGUUAGGGAAGAUUCUUAUCCACCGUGUUGGAGACAAUGGAAAACAGCUUAUAUAUGAGAAGCUUCCUCAAGACAUCUCUGAACGUCAUGUCCUACUUCUAGAUCCUGUCUUAGCUACAGGUAACUCUGCUAAUCAAGCCAUUGAACUACUCAUUCAGAAAGGAGUUCCUGAAUCUCACAUCAUCUUCCUCAACCUUAUCUCGGCGCCAGAAGGAAUUCAUUGUGUCUGCAAACGGUUUCCGGCAUUGAAGAUAGUGACAUCUGAAAUAGACCAGUGUCUGAACCAAGAGUUCCGUGUUAUACCAGGGUUAGGCGAGUUUGGUGAUCGUUACUUCGGCACUGAUGAGUAAAACCAUGAGCCACCACUAAAACACUGUGACGGGAUGGAGCAAUAAAGGACACGUUAGUAUCGUAAUAGCUUAGACAGUAGUUGGAGUUGCAUGUCCUACACAAAAAGAACUUCUUAGCUCUUAAGAUUUAUCAAGCUCUUAUUAAACUCGAAUUAUUCUUAAAAGCAUUGAUUUCUGGAUUUUUUAUGUUAUUAAAUUACCAAAUUUC